AUGCAAGGUCAGGAAUGCCACAAUCCAACUAUCAAAUGCAGGAGCGAUAAAAAAUUUGCUGACCAGAUCAGCUUAGACAUGCAGCAUUUAGGUUCUGGAAUAGAAAUCCAGGUCAGGGACACAGAAGAAUACAGUCUGGACCCAAGCCAAGUUUGGGAGCACAUGAAGUCCAAGGCACAGUUUAGGGUCACUCUUUGUGUAAGGCACAGAGCUCUCAGCCCACCCUUGGGGGCUCCUACCACCAACCCCUUUGUCUUUCCUGACCAAGCCUCACCCAGCCAGCUCCAUGGUCCCUCUUCCAUGCUCACUGCUCUGCUGAUCUCUGCCUCUGUGUCCUUCUCCUCUCGUCCCGUGAGCGCCAAGCAGGAAGAUAAACGGGAUUGCGGGAAGCGGGAGAGUCCGGAGGAGCCGCGAAGGGCUUCUCUUCCCCUUUGGCUGCGCCCGCGGAGCAGCCCCUUUGCGAUUGGCCUUACGCGGGGGGGCGGUAGUCCCGCGUCCGCCCGCCCCUCGGGCCGCGAGAGGCGCCGGGAUCGUGGGCGCGGGCUGAGCCAGCGGCUGCUGGGUGGCUGUGUCCGCAAACCGGCCGGGCGAGGCGGCCCGGCCCAGCGCGUCAGGCCUGAGAACUGGGAGGAAGCUGGAGAAAAGAUGCCCUCUGAAUCUUUCUGUUUGGCUGCCCAGGCUCGACUUGACUCCAAAUGGUUGCAAACAGAUAUACAGAUGAUAGUGUUGAACAAAGUGGAACAAAGAAAGAAGAUCUGGAUGACAGAGAGAAGAAAGAUGAAGAAGAAACUCCUACACCUGUAUAUAGCACCAAGUGAAUUCUGGACAGCUGGGUAUGGGGCAAGCAACCAGGGAUGUUCACGGAACACCAGGCACCAAAGGGCCAGAAGCGUCCCCCUGCAGGACCAGCACUUGGCCCUGGCCAUCCUGCUGGAGCUGGCUGUGCAGAGAGGGACGCUGAGGAAUAAAUAUCUUUUCUCCUUUGGCCAAAUGUUGUCUGCCAUCUUGAUGUUGCUUCAGCUGUGGGACAGCGAGGCACAGGAGACUGACAAUGAGCGUUCCGCCCAGGGCACCAGCGCCCGGCUUUUGCCCUUGCUGCAAAGGUUCCAGAGCAUCAUUUGCAGGAAGGAUACGCCCCGCUCCGAGGGCGACAUGCACCUUUUGUGUGGCCCUCUGAGCCCCAUUGAGAGUUUCCUGAGGUACCUCACCCUUCCACAAGACAACGAGCUUGCCAUUGAUCUGCGACAAAUGGUGAUUGUUGUCAUGGCCCAUUUAGACCGUCUGGCUACGCCCUGUAGAUGCUUCCGCUGUGUAGCUCUCUGACAUCUCAUAAGGUGUGUGCAAGAACCGUGUUCUCCAUGUGUUUUGUAGCUAGUACCACUUCUAGGUUCUCCUCCUGGGCUCGUGUGGAGACUUGUUUUUUCUGGUAUUGUUGGGGGGAGCUGGCUUACGGUUUUUAAAUGUGUUUGCCGUUGAAAAUGUUAUCUGUGUUGAGAGUGAGUGAUGAGCAAGCUGAGGCACACAGGCCUGGGGACCCAACCUGGGGGCCCAGGUUCCAGGUUCAGGUGGCACAGCCCCAGAGAGCUCCCCUUUAUCCACAGCCCCAGGCCCUCCCACCUUCUGCAGGGGGUUCCACAGCCUUCUUUAUGCUCUGAACACAGGCUGUCUUAGUAUGUAAUGCUGGUUAUAGUAGUGAGAGUAUAAUUAUAUAUUAUAUCUGUUAUGUAAUAGUAAUGGUAAUAGUAGUGAUUUGCAUGUGUGGAGCACCUGUAGGGUGCAGGCCCACUGAGGACCUCAUGCACGCUGUUGUAUCUCAUUAUGUCAAUGAGAAAACUGCCUUUGGGAAUGGUAGUGAACUUUGCCGGGGUAUAACUAAUCCUAGUUUUGAAUCCAGAUUUUUCUAAGAUUUUAUUUCUAAUAUGAAGAGUAUUUAUUUUGUUUUACAGUCAUUUUAAAAAAAAGGAAUACAGUCACAUGGUUCAAAAAUCAAACCUAGGCAGAGACACACUGUCGCUUCCCCGCCCACCCCCUCCACCCAUUUUCCACCUGCUGCCUCUGACUUUUCAGUCUCCUCUGUAACCUCCUUGUUCCCGUAACCUCCUUGUUCCCGUAACCUCCUUGUUCCCGUAACCUCCUUGUUCUUCUAACCUCCUUGUUCCCGUAACCUCCUUCUUCUUGUAACCUCCUUGUUCUCUGGAAUGAGUACGCUAGUGGUAGCAUGUUGCAUUGUGUUGCUUGUUUUUUUUUGCUAACCAUAUAUACUGGAGUACUAUAUCAGAGUGUCCCUCUUUGUUUUUAUAAAGCAGCUUAGUCUUCAGUGUGCGGAUGUGUCUUUUAUGCAUCUUUCUGUAGUGAGUCUCUUAUUGGUGGACACUUGGGCUUAUUGCCACAAUGGUGCUAUACAAACAGUGCUGAGGGUUGGGUGUGGUGGCUCACACCUGUAAUGCCAGC